CGGGAAAUGACGUCACCGGAACCACAGCAGGAAGCGGAACCUCUUCUGAGUAGUCCGCGAGGUUCUGUUCAACUUCAUCUGCUGUUCAUGGUUCAUCAUUGCCAUGUCAGCGUAAUACGAGCAUGUUAUAGGUAUUUUAUAAGUUGUACCUAUUAACAAUAUGUUGUACAAACCACCAAAAGGCCCGCGGUUUACAUUACCGGCAAAACUUGUGACUGGCUUCCUUGGACUUGAGUUUGCGGUGCUAGUCGGCUCUUAUUUCUGGUACAGAAACAUGGUAUAUGAUGAAACAUACAGAAAAAAGAUGCAUGACAAAUACCCAGGAAUUUCGAAUUUGUUCUACAAGGCGUGUGAAUGGACAGGUGACGUACAACUAAAAGACAGGCGCACGAAGGACUAUCUGAUGUGGGGGUUGACAGAGCCUAUCAACGAAAAGCCAUAGUGAUCAAUGAUUUUGCUUCCUGGUUUUACACUGGAACUCGUGUAUUUCAGUGGCAUAUUUGUAGCGUGUGUUAAACAAACUAUGUGCAGUUGAUUUGAAACUGAACUUGGAGACCAGUGAUUGACAAUGGCAAUGUUCAGAGGUGUCCUGAUUGGAAGCAGCUCCACAGCGCUUCUCUGCACGUUGGGGUUCUAUACCUACAGUCACAGCAUUCAGCAGGCAGCCACUACCAGGCCGGCGAGCAGUCCUUUAGACUUGCAGGGAACAAGUUAUCACGUCACGAGCGAUGAACAAGCGGUGAGACAACGUGGAAGUGAAAUACUCAAGUACGGUAUUCCGGAUCGCGGGCCCAUGGUCAGCUACUAUGCCAACCACGUUCUCUCGUAUGAUCAGGCGAAGCGCACUCCUCUCUGGGUGGCAGAGCAUAUACAGCCUCAUCACGUUAAGGGUUCAGCUGAUCGCAAAAGAACAAACUUCAAUCCAGACCCUGCCGUUCCGACGAUGUUUUCAGCUACGAACGAUGAUUACCGGAAAAGUGGCUGGUCGCGUGGACAUAUGGCACCAGCUGCAGAUAACAAACACGAUCAGAUAGCGAUGGAAGAGACAUUCUACUUGACCAAUAUACUUCCUCAGGACAUGGAUAAUAACAGUGGAUUUUGGAACAGGUUGGAGCUGUACUGCCGUGACUUAACCAAGCGUUUCACGGAUGUGCGGAUAAUCAGUGGACCACUGUGGCUUCCUCGGGAGCAAAAUGGGAAAAAUAUGGUCACCUACCAAGUUCUUGGCAAGAACAAUGUGGCCGUGCCCACUCACUUGUUCAAGGUUAUCCUUGUUGAGGGAGCAUCAGGUGGCUCUCACCAGGCCCUGUCAGCCUUUGUCGUGCCAAAUGAGCCCAUCUCCAAGCAUCAGCAACUGAAGGAUUUUCUCGUGCCACUUGAGCAUUUGGAAAAGGUGGUCGGCUUUCGCUUUCAUCCACAGCUAAAUCGAGCACUGCUGAAUAAUCUGUGCAAGGUCGACGAAUGUCGACUCGCGUCGGCAGACGAUUUGGAGUUGUAUUACAUUCGCAAGAACCUUGGUGCUGCAUCAUCAACAAAGCAGCUAGAUAGUGUCUGGAAGGAACUGGAGCGUAAGAAGCUGAAACCUGACAAGCAACUCAUGGAUAUGUAUAACAAGAAGAGGCAGCAAUUGUUGCAAAACGCAGAGAGAAAAAGUGAACUGUGAGAGUGAAUGAGCGAUAUGUAGGUGCUCAAAAAUUAAUAGUGGGAUAGAUUUUAACUCGCCCUCCACUACAAAUUUACUCAUCUUCCUUUUAAAAAAAUUGUCCAGAUGCUAUUUAAUACGAAAGUCAAAUAAAGAAAUUAAGUGGCAUUUAGAUGCUCAAAAACAGGUUAAAACUAGCAUUUACUGAUGCUGUGAGUGCUUGCAAUUUUGAACAAAUGGUCGUGGUGGUUCAUUUACUUUUUACGAAUUACAUUCAUCACUUCACAUGGCUUUGUGCUAAAUGUGGCAUCUUUGGAACAUCUUUAUGUGGUAAUUAAGAACUGUUAGUGUUUCCAGGAACAUUUAUGACAGCUUUUCGUUGGGGAAUGCAGAUUUAACCAAAAUGGUACACGAACCAUGUCAAUCACAGGUAGGCAAGGUUCUGGGCGAGUUAGUUGCUUUAAUACGCGUGUUAUGACAUGCAAGCAGAAGGUUCUAUUGUAGAACCCUUUAUACGAAUAUAAUAGAUACUGUAUAGGAGGACAAGUAUAUGUGAUUAUGUCUAUAAUAUGAUAGCUAAUUUAGAUAGUUAAUACAAAAAAUAAAUAAAUUUUGUCAUGAUAGCUAUAAGCAAUACAGCUGACAAUUGGAUUUGCACAACUAGUUGUGCCAUCAGUGUUGUAAGCAAAUUAUUAUUGACAGUUUUAAAAUAUUAAACAAAUAUUUUAAUGAAUUUGGAA